AUGCUCACCUUACCUGCCUUGACCGGGGACAUCAGUGUCUUUAUUAACUCCAAAGCCUCGAAGACCCCAUCAGUUCGUCGUCCUGUUGAACCAGUGGGUCGCUAUUUCAUGCACCAUGCUCAGAGAACUUUGAGAAACCACACCUGGUCCGAAUUCGAGAAGAUUCAGGCCAGCCUAAAUGUGCAACGUGUUGACGAGUCCAUUGACCCAGAUGAGGCUUUGCUAGAUGACGAACUGGCAGACGAAUCGUUGCUAGAGCACGACCCAAGAGACUGGAAGACCGCCGACCUGUACGCUGCUAUGGGUCUAUCCAAGCUUCGUUACAAGGCCACUGAAGCCCAGAUCAUCAAAGCUCACAGAAAACAAGUGUUGAAGCACCACCCGGAUAAGAAGUCGGCCUCUGGUGGUUUGGAGCAGGAUGGGUUUUUCAAGAUCAUCCAAAAGGCUUUUGAAACUUUGACUGACUCUACCAAAAGAUCUCAGUACGACUCCUGUGAUUACAACGCCGAGAUUCCUCCUCCAAAGAAGGGUUCCGACUACGACUUUUUCGAGGCUUGGGGUCCCGUUUUCGAAUCUGAAGGACGUUUCUCUAAGAAGCAACCUGUUCCAGCUCUAGGUGGCGCAGACGCUCCAAAAGAAGAGGUUGAGAAAUUUUACAACUUCUGGCACAGAUUCGACUCCUGGAGAACUUUUGAGUUCGCCGACGAGGAGGUUCCAGAUGACUCUUCCAACAGAGAUCACAAACGUUACAUUGAGAGAAAGAACAAGGCCGCCAGAGACAAGAAGAAGACUGCUGACAACUCUCGUCUUGCAAAGCUGAUUGAGAGAGUGAGCUCCGAGGACCCGCGUAUCAAGCAGUUCAAGGAGGCCGAGAAGUUGGAGAAAGAGAGAAGAAAGUGGGAAAGAGAAGCGGGCUCGCGUGCCGAGGCUGAAGCUAAAGCCAAGGCCGAAGCUGAAGCUAAGGCUAAAGCGGAGGCUGAAGCUGCUGCUGCUGCCAACGCCAAAGUCGACAAGAAGAAGGCCAAGGAAGCUGCUAAAGCCGCCAAGAAGAAGAACAAGAGAGCCGUGCGUACCAGUGCUCAGGCUGCUGAGUAUUUCGGUGACGCUGACAAGGCUGCUACCAUCGACGAACAAGUUGGCCUCAUUGUCGACACCGUGGACGAUGAGCAACUGGUUGCACUAGCCGAGAAGAUCAAGGGCGACGUCAAGGCUGCUUUGACUGAAGUUGCUCAAUCCUUGGUCGAAUCCAAGAAGCUUCCAGCUUCUUUACUAUCUUACUUCGUCUAA